CGCGCGGCUCGGUCACCCGCUGACGCACGGUCGAAAAGUUGCGCUCAAACCUUCUCCCUCCUCCUACUUUCUUCCUAGGGCCUGGCUGUUUGUGGAGUUGGAGCCGGGCGGGGAGGAGCCGGCUCCCCACACCACCCGGUGCCCGGCGCCGGUGGCGACUCACCGGCCCGCGCCCCUAGGACGGCGGCACAAACUUUCCCGGCUGUUUGGGGAUACUUGUCGGGAGAGUCCCGCGCUUGGAGGGAGGAGGAGCCGGGUCCGCGCACAGAUUUUGGAAGUCUUCUGGGAGUUUCCAGCAGUGCCAAGUGUUGGAGAAAUCUUUUCUGUCGCUCUGAUACAGUGAAGAGAGCAAAUACAGCUCAGCAGUAGGCUACUGGAGAGCAAUCACAGGUUUCGGAAGAUGACAGUGAAAUGUGAAGAAGUUACGUUUCUUAUGUGAUACUUGAAAGUUAGUGACUGCUUGCCAAGUUUUCCCGAAAAUUAAAUAUGACUUAGAAGCACUGAUUUACGAAGGUUUAUGAUGUCAUCGGUUACAACGGAAAACAAAUUCCCACAGGCCGUGAGCCUGCGGGGAGUUGACCCAGAAACAUGCAUGAUUGUAUUUAAAAACCACUGGGCGCAGGUUGUGAAGAUCUUAGAGAAGCACGACCCCUUGAAGAACACCCAGGCGAAGUAUGGAUCCAUCCCUCCAGACGAGGCCAGUGCUGUACAGAAUUAUGUAGAACACAUGCUCUUCUUGCUGAUUGAAGAGCAGGCCAAGGAUGCUGCGAUGGGGCCAAUUCUGGAAUUUGUGGUCUCAGAGAACAUCAUGGAGAAACUCUUCCUUUGGAGCUUGCGGAGGGAAUUUACUGAUGAGACUAAAAUCGAGCAGCUCAAGAUGUAUGAGAUGCUGGUCACUCAGUCCCACCAGCCUCUGCUGCACCACAAGCCCAUCCUGAAGCCCCUGAUGAUGUUGCUGAGCUCUUGUUCGGGGACAACCACCCCUGCUGUGGAGGGGAAGCUGGUUGUCCUGCUCAGUCAGCUUUGUUCCAUCCUUGCCAAAGAUCCAUCUGUUCUGGAACUCUUCUUCCACACUAGUGAGGACCAAGGGGCUGCCAACUUCCUCAUCUUCUCCCUUUUGAUUCCCUUCAUUCACCGAGAGGGGACAGUGGGUCAGCAGGCCCGGGACGCUUUGCUGUUCAUCAUGUCUCUGUCUGCGGAGAACAGCAUGGUAGCCCAUCACGUCGUGGAGGACACCUACUUUUGUCCAGUGCUUGCGACCGGGCUCAGUGGUCUCUACUCUUCCCUGCCCACAAAGCUAGAAGAGAAGGGUGAGGAAUGGCACUGCCUUCUCAAAGACGACUGGCUUCUGCUCCCCUCUCUCGUCCAGUUCAUGAACUCCCUGGAGUUUUGCAACGCCGUCAUCCAGGUGGCUCACCCCUUGAUUCGCAAUCAGCUUGUCAAUUAUAUUUACAAUGGAUUCUUGGUACCAGUCUUGGCUCCUGCGCUCCACAAGGUGACUGUGGAGGAGGUCAUGACCACAACUGCGUAUCUGGACCUUUUCCUGCGUAGUAUCUCCGAGCCAGCACUACUCGAGAUCUUCCUCCGUUUUAUCCUCUUGCACCAGCACGAGAAUGUCCACAUCCUAGAUACUCUCACGAGCCGAAUCAACACCCCAUUUCGGCUCUGUGUGGUGUCCCUGGCAUUAUUUAGAACUCUCAUCGGUUUACAUUGUGAAGAUGUGAUGUUACAACUAGUUCUAAGGUAUCUGAUCCCUUGCAACCACAUGAUGCUGAGCCAGAGAUGGGCCGUGAAGGAGAGAGACUGCUACUCUGUUUCUGCGGCCAAGCUGCUCGCCCUGACCCCCGUCUGCUGCUCCAGCGGGAUCACCCUGACGCUUGGCAACCAGGAGAGGGAUUUUAUUCUCUGGUCAAAGUGUACGCACACUAGCUCAGGGACCGUGGAGCAGCCACGGGCUGAGGCGUUCUCUCCGUCAGCCUGCAUCGUGGAGUAUGGCAAAGCCCUGGACAUCAGCUACCUGCAGUACCUGUGGGAGGCCCACACCAACAUCCUCCGCUGCAUGAGGGACUGCCGAGUCUGGUCCGCCCUGUAUGACGGAGACUCCCCCGACCCCGAGACCUUUUUCCAGAGUCUGACAGAGCCCAGUGCUCUCACCUCCCCCUGUCCCGUGGUCGGGCUCCCGCAGCAACUCCCCAAGAGGACCGGCCCCGCGCUGGCUCCCAGAAAGGAGAAGAGCCAGACCGAACUGGAGUGGGACGACAGCUACGACACGGGCAUCUCCUCGGGGGCAGAUGUGGGCAGCCCCGGGCCUUGUGAUGACCUGGAGGAUUCAGGCCCGCCGGUGCCCGCUGAUCCCCCCAGACACAUCCAGGAGAUGAAGAAGAAUGCCAUCCUGCUCUUCAAAGGGUCCUACAUCGAAGAGUCUGACUUUCAGGAUGAUGUGAUAGUGUACAGGUUGUGCGCCGAGAAGGACGCUGAGGACACCAGGAGUCCCCAGGAGGGAAGCGCAAGGCCCUCCAGCCCCGGCCAGACUGAGGAUCGGGGUUCCCCCCUGAACAACGGCCCCCUGCCCAGCCCUCAGUCAGAAACAGAUUCAGAGGAGGCCAGGGCCAGGGACAAUUCAGACCCACUUCAAAACGUAUCCAAGGAACCAAAACAAGAAGCUGAGCCUGAAGGAGCCCUAGAGUCAAACUCCGAGUUAGCGCCUCCGCUCUCCGAGGCAGAACCCAAGUCAGACCUGAUGGUCAUCAACCCGGCGGGUGAAGACUUCAUUGCCCAGUAUGACCAAAUCAUUAAGGAACUGGGCUCUGGCGCCGAGGGCUUGAGAGAACAGACUUGCCCCGCACCCGAUCUCUUGCAUCUCCCAAAAGAGCAAGAGGGGAAGGAAGAAGAGAGUGAAGGAGAAGAGGAGGAAGCGGAGGAGCGGGAGAAGGCCCUGGAGGAGGAGGAGGACGACGAUGCCGACUUUGAUUCUUUUAUAGCAGAAACCCCCACCACUGAUGCCGUGCCAUCCCCAUUUGGGCCGAGAGACGAGGCUGCCUUUGCCAGUCACCAUCCUGUGAGGACUCCGAGCGCCCCGUUCACAGGCCCAUUCAUCAGCGUGGUCCUGUCAAAGCUGGAGAACAUGCUGGAGAACUCUCUGCAUGUUAAUUUGCUGCUUAUUGGGAUCGUUACUCAGCUGGCCAGCUACCCCCAGCCACUCCUGCGCUCCUUUCUGCUCAACACCAACAUGGUCUUCCAGCCGAGCGUCCGUUCUCUCUAUCAGGUCCUUGCAUCGGUGAAAAACAAGAUCGAGCAGUUUGCUUCUGUGGAGAGAGACUUCCCAGGGCUCCUCAUACAAGCCCAGCAGUACCUGCUCUUCCGAGUGGACAUGUCUGACCUGCCCCCCGAGUCGCUAACCAAAGAUCCCAUUCAGGAUGCUUCCAGGACAGGAAUCGGCAAGAACCUUUUGGAUGGUCCCCCAAGAGUGCUUCAGCCCUUCCUGACAAAUAGAGCCAAGGUGGCUGGGGUGCCCCCAAGCCUGCCCCUGCCAGUGAGGAACACCAUGCUGGCCGCCGCCCUCUUCCCUGAGUUCCUGAAGGAACUGGCUGCCUUGGCCCAGGAACACUCCAUUCUGUGCUACAAGAUCCUGGGUGACCUUGAGGACUCCUGUUGUUAGCUUUUUUUUUUUUUUUUAAAUAGAGGUUCUUGUUUUUUAAGGUUUUAGUGUCUUGACUGAAUGUUAAAUGCAAAGCUGCUUACAAAAAUUUCUACUUUGGUAUUUCCUGACAAUACUUGAUUUGUGGGGAGGGCAAUUUUCUGUAUAUCUCCCCUCUCUAGACGGGUCUUUCCACCUUAUAUAGAAUAUAAGUCUCAUAAGCUGGUGGCUCCUUUGGCAGGUUUUCUUUCUUCCUCCUCAAGCUUUCCGAUUGUUACUCUCCCAUCCCUCUGAGUCACUCAUCUUGCAACUGAGAUCCCACAAAGCAAAUACUGGGGUUUGGUGGUUUCUGGAAGUACCCCAUGUCAGAAGGCUAAGCUGUUCCACAUAGCAUGUGAAGAAUGCACAUCUGCUCCGUUGCCUUCUGCAUCCUGGCUCCAUUUUAUAAAAGGGAAGAAUAAAGAUGGAGCCCCUCUUGCCUCCAUCACACAAGCACAUAUCUUCUGUCCCUUUGCAUUUUACUUCCAAGGUUUGCACUCUGCCCAACACGUUUGCCUUAUGGUGCAGGCAAAACCAUUGGUCUCAGCUCUUUGCCUGGGAAGUCAGAUGUAGUUGAGGAGAAUAUGGAAUGCAGGGAAAUUUUCUUGUUGCUUGAGAGCUUUCUUUAAUCAGUAUAUCACUACUUAAACACUGGAAAUAGCCUUAUUUUAGUAAGAUUUGCACAAAAUGAAAUGUACUUACGCAAACUAUUACAUUGUUUUUAGAAGUUUGAUCUGAUGAAGAAAGCAGGGUAUCAUAUACUUCUGUAUCAUUAUUUUUUAAGUGUUUUGUGAAAGGCAAACAGAUUAAUUUGUGCAGCUAUUUCACAGUGGUUUUUUUGGGGGGGGGCAAGGGGGGUGUACGGAGUGGGGGAAAAGGAUAAAGGUAAACUAAAUGCGGCCUGUAAAAAUAUUGGCGAUUAUUUUAGAUUCUGUUUGCGUUCUCUCCUAUGUUGCACUUUGCAGAGAAACAGGAACUGUACGGCCUCUUUGGGACCUGGGAUGUUAGUGCAAACAGGUCACGGGGAGCCCUGCAAAGCCAAGUGCCUGCCGGUGACUCACUGCACACAGAAAUGCUGCCUUCUGAGUAAUGGGGUUCAUUAGAAGGCCCCAACAUGACGUAUUAGUGCCUCUCUCCUGCUUUGCCGUCUGCUCCAAGAGGUGUAAUUAUACUUCGCGCCGGUCUCCUUAAGCCACCAAGAGGGGGAAACACACAAAAUAAUUGUGCGUUAAAAAUGAGACCAUGAACAGCUGAUGUUUGUGGAUAUUCGACCCCCUCUAUUUCAGGCAGGUGAGAAGCACAUAACAAGGGUGAGCCUCCCUGUUUAGAGGGAAAUUGGAAGUCCCAGCUCUCCUUGUUUUCUUUGUGGACAGGGCUGCUGAGUCCUGGGUGCGGCCCUAGGUGUGACGCUCGGAGUACAGGUCUGGGUUUAAUCAGGUCCCUUGUAGAGGAGAGCAGCGGGGGACAGACUCACAUCUGAGACCCUGCAGAGUCGAGGCUGCUGCCCUUUUGCCCUGGCACGGAUCUUGGAGCAGCUUUGUAUUGAGAGAGAGCCAGCCCAUGGAACGAGGCCCCUGGAAGACCUGGUCUGGGCGAGGAGGCUCUCAGCAGCCAGCCUGUUUCCCAGUCCAAGCAAGAAACCAAAGAUACCGACCUGUUGUCCGCUUCUGGCUUCACAUCCGUCUGUCUUGAAAAAUGGUUUGCCCCGCUGUCCUAUGGCAGCGGGGAAUGUACGAGGCCCUGCGGACGGGCCUGCUCGUGGCUUCCUGGCACUCGCUUGUAUUGGCAACCCCCCAGGUCUCCCCUGGAAAAGAAGGCGGCUUAAGACAGAGAAAAAGGAACAGGAAGGUGGAAUUUAAGCUGUAUUUUCCUUUAGCUUUGUUUUGCACAAGUAUUUAUCUUCCAGUUUGGACUUACCAGGUACGUGAAAGGCGAAAGUCUUAUCUGGGAAGUGUAUUUCCUUAGCUUUUUGAUGUGAUGUACACUUCUCUCCAUUAUCUGGUGUUGGUGUUGAUUCUUCUUCCGUCCAUAUUGCUUUAUUACAUACAGAACACCACAGUCCCCUGUGUAGAAGGUGCCCUUUUAGGAAAGAAAUUGCUUUUGUGCCUCCUAGCAUUUUUUAAAAUAGGUACCGAACUAGACUUACCUUAAAGGAGGACAGAGAUGACCAGUAUCUGGGGUGGGAGGCGGGAAAAUUAACUCCCAGGGUGGGAUGCUGGUAGCAAACUCACACGCUAACCCUAUUUGGAACUGGGAACUGGUUCAUCUUUCUGACUCCGGUAUAGGCCUCCUCCAGAGUAUUGUGUUCAGGGGUUUUCAAAAUGAAGUCAGAAAUUUGACCUGGAAAUACAUUAUGGAGAACUGGAUAAACCCCACAGGGUUGAGGGAAACAGCCGGGUAGCUUAGGUGGAGGACAUAGGAGAGGAGAAACCGCAGAGUCCUGAGGCUAUAAAUAGGAGAAGGGCAAAUCCUGAGGGGUUCAGAGGAAUGAACUUUGAUCUAGGCAGAUAUGAAGAACUAUACAGCAGGUGGGUGAUGAUGGGAAUUCCUUGGUGGGAAAAAAUCAUGGUAAUGAAAUAGAAUAUUCCAAUCAAAGUAAUAGGUGAGGCCCUUAGAAAUAUUUUUGUCAUGUUUGGGAAAAAGUUGUCAAGAUACUGGCAUGCUUUGAAAUGUGGCCCCUGGAGCAUGGUCGCUUUUCCACGUGACAGGCUCCCACUCAGACGCUGUGCUCCUUGCUGGAAGACACAGUGGGCGCAGACCCUUUUGCCGAAGCCCCGAGAGUGGCGUCGCUGUGUCUAGCCUGAUGGUCCUGGGCAGUGAAAGCAACUGGAGGGUUCCUAGAACCUCACACAUAAAUUUCAAUUCAUAAUGCUGGGUCUGAGGUAAAGUUCUAGAUGGAGUGAAUUUUAUGAUUCAAAGUGUAUGUGAGCAAUGGGAUAUUUAAAACUGAUUUUUAGAAAUGACCAAGGAAAUGUUUUUUAAAAUUUCAAUCAAAGAAACUCCAGGUGAGUUUAGCCUAAAAUACAGUUUCUUGGGGGUACAUUACAAUUUCCCAGCCAUGAAACGGGGAUGCUGGAGUAACCAGUUAAAGAGAUGUGAUUUUUGUUAUCAGUACUUCCUUUCCUUGGUAUUUAGAGGAAUCAUGAAAUUGCUGCCCUUUUUCCUAGUACCGUCUUGAAAAAUACUUUGAUGUAUUGGUGGGUUGGAACUGAGGUCUCUGUCAUGGGUAGGGAGGAUGCAUUCAGGUCUUUUAUGGGUCCUCAGGAGUACCUUUGUGGCUAGUGGCUUUGAUUUCGGUCAGAUGUAGUUGCUGAUUUCCAGUCCACUGAGACAUCAUGGAGCCCUGGUGUUGUCGGGAGAGCAUCCUCUUAGGAACAGAAUCCAGAAACAGGAUACGAGAAUAUCUGGGUUGCCCGAAUGUUCAAUUUGGGCAGCCAGCGGUACUCAGGGUGGAAAGAUGUUGUGACGUCUCUGAAUGGGCUUGGUUGCCAUGAUCGUGUUGGGUUGCCGCCCAGCUCUGUUCCGAGCUUCGGGGUUGUGGAAGGGCUGCACAUUUUCAAUCCGGAUCCGUGUGCCCGAGUCGCUUUCAUGAGGAGAGUGCUGCCCGGCCGGGGUGGGCCGUGUCGCGGGCGGGCUGGGCAAUGUGUGCAGCAUGAACUCCAGUUCUCAUUUAAGGGCAGUUCAGUUUAAUUGCGAAUGACCGGUCCUGUAUUUACUGAAAUGGCUAUCAAGCUUGCCAUUUUUAUGAAAGACGUUAUUGCAGGACAGCUAUUACUGCACGUGCGAGUUCCAAGUCCCCGGCCCGGGCUGGUGUAAAUUUGUGGCUUGCUGUGAAUCGCAGCCAGCUCUGCAGUGUUGGCUUUUCCUGGAAGCAGUGGUCCUCUGGUGGCUGGGGCCACACCAGCUCUAAGUCAUUAAGCAGAUAUUCUCAGGCCCCUUCUUGCUUCAGCCAUCAUUCUAUAAAUCACACAGCACUCCUUCUCCAUCAGAUCACAGCUUAACACAGAACACUGUCGAACCGGUUUAUACUCCAUCCUUAAAUCACAUCAUCGAGGAAGCAUUUUAAGAAAAUGGAGUUGAUUUUUUUUUUCCCCUCUCUUUAAAUGACCAUUAUAUAAACUUAAUGCUUUAGAAAGAGCUCUUUGGAAGACUAAGACUUGUUUUCGGGAUAAUUUUGCCUCAGUAAAUCCUCUCUGCGUCCAGGUAUUUAUUGGGCCAUUACUUGUUUUGGAGGACAGAUUCUCCGGCCGCUCAUUAACUGGAUAAACAGGGCAUUAGUGAAAGAUUCUUGGUGAGGUUCCACAGGGACGAGGACAGGGACACGAUGGGGGAAGCCUUUAGUUCCUUGGUGUCUGCACUUAGGAUCCCAAGACAGAUGAGGAUUUUAGCUAGGACUGACCCUUCCCAUCCCAUUGGGUUCAUUGUGAAUUUUGUUUCUGUCUUAUGACGUGUGAGUCAACCUGUCAGCCACACAAGUUACAAGACCCCCAGUAGGCAUGGUUGGUAUGCGCUUGAUGUGUAGUUCAGGCAUUUUUUGGGGAGCUGAGAUUUACUGUGUCAUUUCAGAACCUGACAAGGGCGAUGGAAACUCUUGGGCCAGAUUAUAAAUUUCAUGGAGCUGAGGCUGCAGAAGUCUGUGCUUCUGAGUGUGUCUGCUUUUUAUUGGGACAA